AUGAAGCAACGUUUCUCGUCCCUGGACGUCAAGGUCAUCGCCCAUGAGCUCCAAGAGCAUCUGGUGACUCUGCGACUAUCCAACGUCUACGACCUCUCCUCCAAGAUCCUUCUCCUCAAGUUCUCGAAGCCCGAUAACAAGAAGCAACUCGUCAUUGAUACCGGCUUUCGCUGCCACUUGACCGAGUUUGCUCGAACAACAGCUGCGGCCCCCUCCGCAUUUGUCGCUCGGCUUCGAAAGUUCCUCAAGACCCGGCGGUUGACGGCAGUAACCCAAGUUGGAACCGACCGAGUCCUCGAGUUUCAGUUUAGCGAUGGGCAAUACCGACUGUUUCUGGAGUUCUUCGCUAGCGGCAACAUCAUCCUUACCGAUGCCGACCUUAAGAUCCUCACGCUUGCCAGAACUGUCUCGGAAGGAGAGGGCCAAGAGCCGCAACGAGUCGGUCUUGAAUAUUCGCUAGUGAAUCGGCAGAACUUUGCGGGAAUCCCACCCUUGACUAAGGAGAGGGUACAUGAUGCUUUGAAAGCUGCCGUAGCCAAAGCUGCCGUGGCUGCGGCUUCUUCAAAAAAGAUCAAGGGGAAACCUGGUGGUGAUUUGAGAAAGGCUUUGGCUGUUUCCAUCACGGAGCUGCCACCAAUCCUCGUGGAUCACGCUUUGCAGAAGAACCAAUUUGAUACCACUACGAAACCCGAAGAAGUUUUGGCUAGUGAGACCUUGCUAGACGAACUCGUCAAGUCACUCUCCGAAGCUCGUAAAACAGUUGAGAACAUCACCAGUUCGGCUACCUGUCCCGGCUAUAUCUUUGCGAAGCGCCAAGCUCCCAAACCAGAAAGCACCGAGGAGGGCGACUCACAGAACAAACGAGAAGGUCUCCUUUACGAGGACUUCCACCCGUUCAUCCCCCAUAAGCUGGAAAAGGACCCAGCAUUUGAAGUUCUGGAAUUCAAAAGCUACAAUGAGACAGUUGACGAAUUCUUUUCUUCAAUAGAAGGUCAAAAGCUCGAGGCUAGACUGACUGAACGGGAAGUAGCAGCAAGGAGAAAACUAGAUGCGGCAAAACAGGAGCAGUCCAAGCGGAUCGAGGGACUGCAGGAGGCGCAGACGCUGAACUUCCGCAAAGCCGCUGCCAUCGAGGCCAACGUCGAGCGUGUCCAAGAGGCGAUGGAUGCGGUCAAUGGACUGCUCGGCCAGGGUAUGGAUUGGGUAGACAUCGGAAAGUUGGUUGAACGCGAAAAGAAGCGGAACAAUCCCGUUGCCGACAUCAUCAAGCUGCCUCUCAACCUGUCUGAAAACCUUGUUACGUUGGAGCUUGCCGAGGAAGAAGUUGUGGAGGAAGAGGAAGACGAUCCCUACGAAACCGAUGAUAGCGCAUCGGACAGCGGCGACGAAUCGACGGCUGCGAAAGGAAAGUUGUCUGGCAAGGAAUUAGCAGUGGAGAUCAACCUCACUCUCACUCCAUGGAGCAAUGCCAGAGAGUACUACGAUCAACGAAAGACAGCUGUCGACAAGCAAGAGAAAACUCAACAACAAGUGGCGAAAGCAUUGAGGAGCACUGAGCAAAAGAUUAACCAUGAUCUCAAGAAGGGACUCAAGCAAGAAAAGGCCCUACUUCAGCCAAUCCGCAAGCAGUUGUGGUUUGAAAAGUUCAUCUGGUUCAUCUCCUCAGAUGGGUACUUGGUCAUCGGAGGCAAAGAUGCCCAACAGAACGAGAUCAUCUACAAGAGGUAUCUGCGCAAGGGCGACGUCUACUGUCACGCUGAUCUGCAUGGCGCAUCAAGCAUCAUCAUCAAGAACAACCCCAAGACGCCAGAUGCACCAAUCCCACCGGCAACCUUAUCUCAAGCAGGCUCCCUUGCUGUAUGCUCCUCAGAUGCCUGGGACUCAAAGGCUGGCAUGUCGGCUUGGUGGGUCAACGCGGACCAGGUUUCGAAAUCAGCCCCUACCGGAGAGUUCCUCCCGACAGGAAGCUUCAUGGUGAGAGACAAGAAGAAUUUCCUCCCGCCCGCCCAGCUUUUGCUUGGACUAGGCGUCAUGUUCAAAGUCAGCGAAGAGAGCAUGGCCAGGCAUGUGAAGCACCGACUAUACGACGGUGACUUUACUGCUGGUAACGAAGCGGCACGACCGACGACAUCCAAAGACUUGGAUGAGCACCAAUCGGCUGAGACAGAGCAACCAAACGUAUCAGAACAUGAUGAGGCCUCCGAAGAUGAGUCCGACAAUGAGCAGCAACGAGAUGAAAAGCCCCGAGACAACCCGCUUCAGGCUUUCGGUCGCGGAGACCGCGAUGAGGAUGUUCAAGAAGCCGAAGAAGGCAUCUCGGAACUGAAUGUUGACGAAAAGCCCGCCUCCGAGGAAACGCCUGCGCAGGAGGAGGAUGAACAGUCUGAUGAGGAAGAAAGCGAGAGCCACGAACCCGCCGAAUCUGUUGCCGAAGCAUCCGAAGCACCGAGCAAGUCGUCAGCUCAAGCCUCGGGAACUGGCACCCCAACUCCUGUGAAGAAGGCUGCUGCCAAACGUGGCCAACGCGGCAAGGCGAAGAAGAUUGCCGCCAAGUAUAGGAACCAAGAUGACGACGACCGCGCCGCCGCGGAAGCCCUGAUUGGCGCAGCAGCUGGUCGCGAGAAGGCCGAAGCCGAAGCCAAGGCCAAGCUCGACCGAGAGGCUGAACUCGCGGCCGCCAAGGAGCGCCGUCGGGCCCAGCAUCAGCGUCAGCAAAAGGAGACGGCCGAGCAUGAGGAGAUCCGGCGCGUCAUGAUGGACGAGGGCCUCGAAGUGCUUGACGCCGAGGAGGCGGACCAGAUGACGGCCCUCGACGCCCUCGUUGGAACGCCGCUACCCGGCGACGAGAUCCUUGAAAUCAUCCCCGUGUGCGCCCCAUGGAACGCUCUGGGCCGUUUCAAAUACAAGGCUAAGCUACAGCCCGGCGCCACCAAGAAGGGCAAGGCGGUCAAGGAGAUCCUCGAGCGCUGGAAGGCCGCCACCGCCAAGAAGGGCGUUGUCGACGAGACGGCCCGCGACUCGGAGCGCAUGUGGCCCCGCGAGGUCGAGCUCCUCAAGGCGCUCAAGCCCGAAGAGACUUACAAUUGCGUGCCAGUAGGCAAAGUAAGAGUCAUGAUGUCCGGUGGCACGUCUGGUGGAGGUGGCGGCGGCGGAGGUGGCGGUGGUGGUAGUGGCAAGAAGGGCCAGGGCAAAGGGGGAAGAGGCGGAAAAGGAUCGAAGAGGUCAUAA